CCACCUGGCUGCGCCCCGCCCCGCUCCCGCAUUGGCCCGGCGCGGGGAGGCGGCCCCGGCCCGGCCCGGCCCUGGCCGCGAAGCGGAUAGAGAGCGAGCAGCCGCCGCUGGAGCCGGACCCGGACCGCGGCUCGCCCCGCGGCCAUGGGCUCCCUGCAGCAGCGCUUCCAGCGCUUCCUCCACCAGCCCAGCCUGCUCACCGACCUGCUGGGCCGGCUGGAGGCCAAGACCGGCGUCAAGCGCUACUAUCUGGCCACAGGUACCAUUGCUUUCCUGGGGCUGUACCUCAUGUUUGGAUAUGGCGCCUCGCUGCUGUGUAACCUCGUUGGCUUUGUCUACCCAGCCUACAUCUCCAUCAAAGCCAUUGAAAGCACCAACAAGGAUGAUGAUACCAUGUGGCUCACGUACUGGGUGGUAUAUGGAGUCUUCAGUGUGGCAGAGUUUUUUUCCGACACCUUCCUCUACUGGUUCCCGUUUUACUACGCUGGAAAGUGCCUGUUCCUGGUCUGGUGCAUGGCACCCGUCUCCUGGAAUGGCUCCCAGGUGUUGUACCAAAAUGUCAUCCGGCCUUGCUUCCUGAAGCACCACCAGACAGUAGACCGUGUGCUCAGUGACCUGAGCGGCAAGGCGCUCAACACUGCUUCGACAGUCACCAGAGAAGUCCUCCAUGCUCUGGCCAACAGCAGAGCCCGUCUGGUGUCCGAGGGGGCCACAGCUCAGCUUGUCUCAUCCAAAGCAGCAGUGAACCUUGGUCUAGAAUCUGACAAGACCAAGUGAGGAUGGAGUUCCAAGGCGCCAGCUGUUCUGAGUUUCCCGCUGCAACUCCCUAAAUCAAAGGCUUGAAGUAACCCAUGGACACCUGUCAAUAAACCAGUAAUUUCCCUUCCCACUCUGAAACCAUGCUGGCCAGUAGCGACAGCAAGCAACUGGCUCUAAGGUGUCAAAGUACCCCUUCCAGGUCUCCCCAAACCUAGAGAGCUCCAGCAGAUCUAAAAUUGCAGUCAGGCACUUGCUGAGAGUCAGCACCUAGGCACUCUGGGACCUUCUGAUCUCAAAUAGACACACACUUUGGUAGUUCCUGUUUUGCAGG